AUGGUCUUGUUCAUGGGAAGAGAGCUGACUUGGUGGGGCGACCAGGCGAUUAAUUUGGGACUCAAUGCGAAGGCCAACGAGGCUGGGAAAGUCUCGUAUACAGUCUACUUAAUCUUCAUAGCCCUGCAAGCCGCCGGUCCAUUCGUUGGCCUGCUCGUAAACAAGCCAUCGAGAGUUCAACGCAAAGAUGGUGUUCCUGUCGAUAUGAGCAUCACAAACAACAGCUGGAAAGAACUUAUCUUGACAGCCAAACUCUUCUUUAGUAAAGAGUUUCUGUUGAUAAUUCCACUGAUUGGUCAAGGCGUCUACACGGAGGCUGUGAUGUUUACGUAUGCCUCACUCUGGUUCACCGUCCGCGCUCGAGCUUUAGGUUCAUUCCUUUCUGGCAUCGUGGCGAUCAUAGCUGGCAAUUUGUUAGGAGCUUUUAUUGAUCGGCUUUCGCUUCCACUAAAGACUCGCGCCCGAGGAUCGUUCUUUGUGGUACUUGGCUUACAAGGAGUUUGGUGGAUCUGGGCCACUGUCCUGGUCACGGACUUCCAUAGGAAUAAGAUAAUAUAUGACUGGGUUGAUCCUGGGUUCGGCAAGGCUUUCGCGUUAUUCCUAUUCUGGGUGGCAGGAUUUCAACUCAACUAUUUGUUUCUGUGA